AUGAAAACAAUCCUCAGUCGCAGUCAACAGAGCAGGAAGGAAGUGGUCUUCAGUUUGGAGUACCCGAGGGCACAUUCGACAGCGUUUUCACAUAUGCUAAUUACAACGACCUGGAUCGAAUGGGCUAUGAAGCACCAGCACGCCUCGGUACUGCCUCCAGCACCCACGGCAGCCGAUACAGUGGCUUCACCUACACCAAGAUAUUUGACGAUCAAGAAAAAGAGGUGGCCCCAAUGA